UACCAUUCGGUAGUCCGGUGGUGUAGCUUGUUCCGUUCAGUGUAGAACAGCAUACAGUGGGAGCGAGAUUCAUGUCCUGAUAGGGCCAAUCGAUUUAUCAUCGCACUCUUCAGUUUUGGACAAAUCGCACAAAUCUGCUCGUGGAAAACGACGGACCAGUCUUUGGAAUAUCGACAACGGGACACUUCAAUCCAGGGACAAUCUAAAAUGGCGCGGACAAGCUUAGAUCUAUCAAAGAGUGUUUUAGAAUGUGAAACAAGUCGUCAAUAUUACAUCGCUAUACGAGAAAAUGAUGUCGAGGCAGUGAAUGGUAUCUUCGGCGAGAACUUUGAAAACAAAAUGUCUGUACUAAAUGACGAAAUCUUCCCGAUCGAGAGCGAGGCUAACUUGGAUCCGUUCGGGGGCAAAUUAAGGAGCUCCUUCCCUAUCUUCGUAGCAGCUAUUCAUGGCUGUAUCGAUGUGUUCGAUCUGUUGAUGUCGCAUGGAGCUGACAUUGAAACCUCCGAUGCUGACGGAAAUAAUAUUGUUCACGCACUGUGCUGGACGGGAUUCUGUUGUAAGGAGAAGGAAAAGGGGUUAGUCGCCACCUAUCGGCACAUCAAGGAAGUGCUGAGGGAGAAGGGUGGCCUCACAAGACUCCUCCAUGGUGAAGACCGCGAUGGUUUACGUCCACUGGAGCUCGCCUCACGACUGGGGAUAUUCCACCUAGUCCAGGCUAUCGUGGACACUGAAGGUGUAUACAAAACGGUGCAUGAAUACAUCGGGCCUUUCGAGCGUGUCACAUACGAAUUGGCGGAGUAUGAAUCGUGGGAUGAUAGCAACCGCCACCGGAAGUCACCACUGAGAUUCCUCUUGCACAUGCGCAGAAACGAUCUAGGGGAACUGUCAGAUUCAUUCUUCGAAACGCCGUUGAUGAAGCAUUGGAUAAACCGGAAGUUUGCGUCUGUUUGGUUCCAUCUGAUGGCGUGGGUAGCGCUCCAUGUUCUGUUUGUCGUUGUCUACCUCUUCGAGGACGAAAUGAUGGUUGGAAUCACUGAAGUUACUGCAAGUGAAUGUCGAGAAGAAAAUAGGACUUCUCGAUUGAUACCAGCGUGGCAGCGUGAAUUCUACUCUCAUAUCUGGUUGCGCGAAACCCUUCAUAUUUUAAUCCUGCUGUACUGCUAUGGAUCCAUAAUCAAUGACGUCACUGAGCUUGUGCUUCUCGUAAUCAAACGUAAACAAAACGACAUAUACAAUCGACCAAUCAAAAGAGGAGCAUAUGUCACAUCCGCUUUGUUUUUCCGGAUAAAUCAUUUUGCCAUGGUAACGCUGACUGCAGGAACCCAGUGGAUAUCUGAUGAUAUCAUGGAGAACAUUCACCUCGAUAACCUGGUCAUGGUGUUGUAUCUGGUGGGAGGAGUCAUGGUGCUAUGGUCGCUUCUGUUCUUCUUACAGCUGCUGCCCUCUAUCGGCCACCUCGUGAUGGGCUUCCAAGCUACUCUCGCAACCUUGGUCAACUUCAUCAUCUUAAACACUAUCCUCUUCCUUUCCUUUGUGAAGGCGUUUAACAUGAUUGCCAGGAUGUAUUGCUUGAGCUUUGUCGACGGAUCUAUUUUCGAAAACAUGUACUAUGCCUUUAAGCUUCUGUUGGAUGUUCUCGACGACCCGAUUGGAAAAAAUGAGUUCGGGCGAGUUGCCUUCAUCGUCACUCAUAUGUCGUUUGUUAUUGUCAUGGUGAUCUUGAUGCUCAAUUUCUUAAUCACCGCCAUCGGGGACGUUACCUCUGACGUCACCAAAUACGACAACCUCAUGCGCAGUCUGAAGCGGGUCGAAAUUGCUAUCAUCCUGGAGACGAGAUUACGAGUGUUUGUUUCGAUAUUCAAGAGGCUUGGUUGUUUGAAACCGAAAGCGGUAACAUUCAGUGACAUCUACAUCACCGGUAUGCAAAAUAAACACCAGUGAAGAGAAUAUGUGUUUCCUUGGAGGGGAAUGUUGAACUAAGUAGCCUCGGAGAAUAUGACAGUUCCCAUUUGCUUCUGUCUGUGGUAUGGAUAUGAGAAUAACACCUGGAACAGGUGAUAGUUUGUGGCAAAUUUAUAAGCUACUGAAUGAAAAAGUUUGCUUUUUUUAAAGAUAUGUAUGUGAGCUUUCCUUAAUCAGAUGAAAAUGUAUCUACUGAAGACACUAUUUUAGGAAAUAACAAUCGCAACCGGUGGAUGGAAAUGAAAGGGUUAAGUGCCCAUUUGUAACACCUCCAGCAAUCGACACUUGGUGGUUUUGAUCCACACAACAUCAAUUAUCAUCUGAAUACGCCAGUUUAAUUAUUCAACCACUUGUGUUAAAAAUGGAUUGUCUGAUGUCCUUGAUCAUGAUGCUGACGCUAGGCCUUAACAACCAUGGAAUCAGACAAUAGCUGGGGAUGCCAACCGCACACCUCCAGGCAAAACCUAUAAUACCAUUCUGUACUUUUGUUCUGAAUACUGGAAAAGCAGGCGUCAGUCAUGUUCUAUAUGAAGCCCAUCAAUCCGCCGUGAGACCCGCUGUCAUGAGUGACGCAUCAUCGGCCUGGUUACCACAGAAAUCUCAGAAAGUGUGGAUUUCCGUGGCUUCCUCGGGUUUUUGGUGAAAAGUCUGAAAAAUAUCCGUAAUUUGUCCGGGAAUUCCCUAAAACAGGAAAAUGUGCUGAAGUAUAUGAGCUGCACCGCGCAGUAUACGCGAUCUGCCGGGAAAUCGUCUCAUUUCACUUAUAAAGGCUACAUAUGCAUAUUGAUUGAAUGAUGGAUUGUCUCCAUAUCAAGGCAUAACUCGUCGUUUAGAGGAAAGGGAGCCGAGGAACACCUCAGCGAAUAGGUGUAAGCCAGCGUUCACGUGAUUGUCUUACCUAAUGUGGUAUAUCAUCAUUAAACCUGUUUCAUGCAUCAAAUACUCGCAAACACCUCGUCCGUUAGCAUGCCAAGAGAUGGCGACAGUUUGCCACAGAGCCAGAGCAGACAGUUGUUUUGGAUUUGGGAAGAAACCGCAAUAUACAUCAGAUGUUCUCGAAUAACCCCAAGCAAUAUCAUUCA